AUGGCAAGCGUUGAGAAGGCACCUCUGGGCUCCAUCGAGAACCCGAUCAGGUUCAUGGAUCAGGAUUUUCAGACCAUCUUGGAAGAAUGUCUGAAAUCCGGAGAGCUGUUUGCUGAUCCAACGUUUCCAGCUGAGCAGAAGUCCAUCGGCAUGCCAGAAGAUGCGGAUCCGAAGAAGGCGAUCAAGUGGCUGCGACCCAAGGAAAUCAGUAAUAACGCUGUGUUUGUGGAGGACACGAUGGGGACCACAGACAUCUGUCAGGGCCAACUGGGUAACUGUUGGCUGCUGGCGGCCCUCUCCUGUCUGACCAUGCACCAGAAGCUCUUUGUGAAGGUGGUGCCACCGGGCCAGAGCCUGUCCAAGACGUACGCAGGGGUCUUCCAUUUCAGGUUCUGGCAGUAUGGUGAGUGGGUGGAGGUGGUGGUGGAUGACAGGCUGCCAGUACGAGAAGGCCGUCUGCUCUUCAGCUACUCUCACACCCGCAACGAGUACUGGAGCACCCUGGUGGAGAAGGCCUAUGCCAAGCUGAUUGGAAGCUACGGAAGCCUAAAGGGGGGCAACAUUUCAGAGGGGAUGGAGGAUUUUACUGGAGGCAUCGCAUACUCGCGGGACGUGUCGUCUAGUACCCCUAAAGUCCUCUGGAGGUCUCUGACGGCCGCUCUGUCCAGAGGCAGCCUGCUCAGCUGCUUCAUCGAGGCCAAAAACUACACUGAGGUUAGUAAAGUGACAGGAGACAGGCUGAUAAAGGGUCACGCUUACGCUAUCACCGACACAGAAAAGGUGAAUAACGGUUCAGAUGAGGUUUUGUUGCUGAGGCUGAGGAACCCCUGGGGAUUUGUUGAGUAUAGUGGACCCUGGAGUGACAAGGGUACAGAGUGGGACAAUGUGAACAAAUCUGAUAAGGAAAGGAUUGAUCUGAAAAAAAAGGAAGAUGGAGAGUUCUGGAUCAGUUCUGAGGAUUUCUCCAAACUGUUUGACAUCGUGGAGCUGUGCAGCGUGAAUCCAGACAGUCUUGUAGAGGAAAAGACACCCAGCUCUCCAUCUUCUCCUGAGUCCUCUUCCACCUGGACCAUCAGCGAACAUGAAGGAUUCUGGAUACCGGGAAGCUCUGCUGGUGGAAGCCGCAGAUACAGAAAGUCUUUCUGGAAGAAUCCUCAGUUCGAGCUGGUUCUCACAGAGAAUGACCAGCAAGGCGAGAAAGAUGAUGAUGAUGAUGAUGAUGAUGAUGAUGAUGAUGAUGAGGAGGAAGAGAUGACCCCCGAGGAGAAGAAGAGAGCAGAGAAAAAGAAGAAGAAAGCCAAACAGUGUACCGUGCUGGUGGAGCUGCUGCAGAAGAACCGCAGGCGGAAGAAUAAAGUCCACUUCCUCUACGUUGCUUUCCACAUCUUCAAGGUUCCCUCUGAGCUCCAGGGUUCGUGUCUGACCAGCGACUUCUUCACCAAAAAUUCCCCCGUGGGUCGCUCCAAGAAAUAUCAGGCUCAGAGAGGAGUGUGGAGAAUGCUGCACCUGGACCCCGGUAACUACAUCAUCGUGGCCUCCACCUAUAGACCAAACAAGUCCGGAGAUUUCUUUAUGCGCAUUUUCUCCAAGACUGGAAACACUCUGGGUACUCAGGACUUCACUUGCUCCUCUGGCUUCCUCCCUGUUAUGGCCACUCCUGUCCUCCCGGAGGAUCACGUGAGAGUUCAGCAGACUUUUGAAGAGGAAGCUGGCCCAGAUGACAAAGUGAACGCCAAGGAGCUCAUGAAUCUGUUUAACUCAGUUUUGGAGAAAGAUUACCAUCUGCCUCUGGAGACAUGCAGACAGCUGAUCUUUGGAGAGGAUACAAAAGGGCGCCCUAGUCUCAACCGUAAACAAACAGAAACCCUGCUGUCCAAUCUGCGCACUCUGCAGUCCAUCUUCUUCCAGUAUGACGAGGACUCCUCCGGCACUAUGAGCCCCUUUGAACUAAGCACAGCGUUGGAAGCUAUUGGGAUGAAGUGUGAUGGUCAAGUGGCUCAUCUGCUGUCUGCACGCUUCGCAUCUGGAGAGCUUCACAUGCCCUUCCAUGGCUUUGUGUCCUGUGUCACAAGACUGCGCAAGCUUUUUGCUCUGUUUGAGUCAGAGAGUAGUCAAGAGGUCAAAAGACAGAGGCAUUAA